AUGGCCUCCUCCAAGGUUCCCGUCUACUCAUUAUCUGAUCUCAAAAACACCACCGACGAUGCUAUAACUCCAUACUUAAUAUCUCUGCCAAAACCCCACCGUUUCACUGCAGACAACUUCAAAUCCAACGUCCGCCUAACUUUAGGCUAUGUCGCCGUAGCAAUUGCAGGAGCCUUAUUUUACGUCGAUCGUCGACUGAAAUGGGAGGUUUCGACGUCGUGGACCAUGGCCUCUGUAAUUUCGUACUUCAUUCUCAACAUAGCAUUUACAAUCUGGUUAUGGCUGGUGGAAGCCGGCCAAGUAUUUGAAGGGGGUACGGAUGGGGGUGAGAAGCUCCGCAUCCGCUCGUCAACCAAAAAGCAUUCGCCGUUAUAUACACUGCGAAUUAGACAUACGUCUAGCUCUGGUGCUAUUCUCCAAGAUGCAACAAUUUCUGCGCCCUUUUCUAGAUGGUUUUCUGCGGAUGGCAUGUUUCAUCCCGAACCCUUUAAACAUUGGCUUAGUAGCGAGGUCAAGGCAUUGAAGGGAGUAGAGUCAGCUACGAGGUAG